AUGAAAUUCACCGUAAAGAACCUCAUCCUACUCCUCGUUUUUGUUCUAUGUGGUGCUUCCCUGCUCAGAUUUCUCAACAUUAGCACGAUAAGUUAUAAUAAUUCACCCGUAUCGAUAUCCCUUCCUCCUCCAAUUCACGAGCACCAAUCUUCAAUUCGUAGGUCUAUUUCUAGAGAUGCAAACAGCGACCUCACUUAUAAGGAGACAAAAUUUCUCUCGGAAUUACUCUCUCACUCAGUCCCAUGCAACCUGCUUAUUUUCGGGCAAAAACGUCACUAUUCAACCAUAUCGUCUCUAAAUGCUGGUGGAUUCACCACCUUCCUCGAGAACCGCCCCGAAAAAACGGACACGUUCAGAUCCUCCAACAAUACACGAGUUCACAACGUAAAGUACAACACAAUGGCAUCAGAAGCUUACCAGCUGCUAAAAGAUGCGAGAGCAAAUCCACACUGCAGGCCAAAUCCUGACCAACUGCUAAGAUGCAAUCUGGCAUUGAAAAACCUCCCACCGGAAGUUUAUGAGACUAUGUGGGAUGUUGUGGUUGUGGACGGCCCAAGUGGUGACGCCCCUGAUUCGCCUGGAAGAAUGGGUCCCAUCUACACAGCAGCUGUGCUGGCAAGAAGAAGAAAUAGGACCCGUGUUAUAGUGCACGAUGUUGACCGGAUGAUUGAAAAGUGGUUCUCGUGGGAGUUUUUGUGCGAGGAGAACUUGGUUUCUGCCAAGGGCAGAUUCUGGCAUUUUCAAGUGCUUAGAGUAACUAAUGCAACAAUAUUUUGCACAACCACAUAA